AUGCCACUUAUCGAGGUCCUCGCAGUCAACGUAUCGGACGGCUUCACCAAAGACCCCAAGGUCGUCUACCAAUUAGUGAAUAUUCUCAAGAAUGUACCAGGAUAUAUCACGACUUACUAUGGCUUCCAACAAGAGGAUAAGACGAAGGGGUAUGUUCUCAAUGUCUGGGAGACGUAUGAGCACCAUGCAGCUCUCAUGCAAGAACCAAACUACCCAGAAGUCGUGACAGCUUUUAGUCUCAUGCCUGCCGCCCCCAUGCCAGAGAACACUGUCAUGGACCAUGUUGCAUUCGCUCCGUACCCUGUUACGGCGUUGGAUGCCCCUGUCACCGAGAUGGCCAUCCUUACGCUUAAGGAAGGACAGGAUGCAAAGGUCCUGAACGAGGAGCUGGCUAAGCUCGCGAAAGCCCUGGAUGCAGCCAAAGGAGCUCAUCCCCCUUGCUCGUUUGGCGCUUCCCGCCAGCGGCCCGAACACAAUGUCCUACUAGUAGGAUGGGACAACGUUCAGGCACAUCUCGAUUCUGUGUACGGUCCUGGAGGACCUACUGAUGUUAUUGAGAGGUUGGGGAAGUUGGCAGAUGUCUCAUUCAGCCAUACCGCCUUCACAAAGGUCCAGUUCUAG